AUUGGUUCGGUCAUGUGUGCACCCGGAUGUUUCAGCCUGUACCGCGCAAGCGCCCUAAAACAGGUCAUGGAUAAAUAUGCCAGUCCAACAUGGACGCCAUUCACAGUAUACGUCAAAGAUACGGGAGAGGACCGCUGGAUGGCCACGUUGAUGAUGAUACACGGCUGGCGUCUCCGCUUCACCGCGUUCGCCGACAACACCACGUACUGCCCGGACACGUUCGAGGAGUUCUUCAAACAACGACGGCGAUGGAUUCUGUCUGACAUCGCCAACGCCCUGCUCGUCGUCCAGAACCUCUACUCGCUCGUUAAGAACAACGACUGCUUCACCUUCGUCUACGUCGCCUACCUGCUCAACAUGUUCGUGAACAACGUCAUCACCCCCGGCACCGCUAUCGUGAUGAUCACGGCGGGGAUGGAGCUGGUAUUUGACGUGCCCUACGCCUACACGACGUUGCCCAUGGCGCUCAUUGUGUACGCCUACGCCAUCGCGUGCACGCGCACCAGCACACAGACGCAGACGAUACUGACGUCAGUGAUGACCAUUUUCAUGGGAAGUAUCUUUUUCUCGGUGGCCGUCUGGGGAUCCUACAAGAUUGUCGCUGCUAUGGUUUAUGAAUCUGUAGGUGGUCACUUCCGGUUCCAGCAGCACUAUGUGAUCCUGAUGUUGACGUUGAGUCUGGUGUACGCUGCGCUGGCCCACCCUCGCGAGUGUCACGAGAUCGUGUACGGCUUCGCCUACCUCUUCAUCUUCCCCGCCAUGCACGUGCUGCUGCCCAUCUACAGCAUCGCCAACAUCAUCGACCAGAGCUGGGGAACACGUGACUCGAAUAAAGCAAAAAUCCGCAAAUUAAUCUGCCUGCCGUCGUUUAAGAAAUUUAGAAGGAAAAAGAAGAACAAAGGAACUGAGAACGAUGACGAAAAUGACGUCAUAAAGGACGCAGUGGCUUCUCAAAUCGAUGAAAUGGUAAACGGGACCGCGGAAGAACAGUCGGAAAACGAUUUCUGGUUACACAUGCGCAGUACGCUUAUAGGAAAUGACGUCAAUACAGGUUUGGAGAAAGCGGCUUUGGCUGACGGCCUGCGCCAGAUGCGAAACAGGAGCUUGACGGGAUUGUUGAUUAUCAACGCCUUGUGGCUCUGUUUACUCUCCUACUUCUACAUGGGUGUAUCGUCCUCGUUAUCGAGACUCAACGUCUAUGGCGUCAUCAGCGGUGCUCUUUACGGAUUUACGUUGACUAUUCAGGUUUUCGGGUUAACUGUUUGUAGAAUUAAUUACUUGCUGAGAAAGCUUGCCAGGUGUCUGUACAGUGAUGAGCGGACUAUGUGGGUCUGUGAAAAGAAAUGAUUCUACUUUUGUUUAUCUUUAAGAAUUGUAACACUACAAAACUGAGAUCACAAAAACUUUAUUGUUUAUGUCCGGGAGAUUGAGGUGACCGCCUGCGAGCAUGGCAUUACCUUUUCUAUUUUUGUUUUGUUUUUGAAACUUGCUAAUUAUAAAAUUGAGAGUACAGAAAAAUCAUUCAUUAGUAGUACAUAAAAAGUUGGGUGUGUUUGACGAAGCAAAUCGUGGUAUUAUUUUCUUAAUAUGACUUCGAAAAAUGGCAACACGAAGAGUUAAAACAAUUAGGACUAGACGUCUGGUGUUAGUCUUUAUUAAAACGUUAUGAUCUGUUGACUUAUUAUAACUUGUAAAAUGGCAAAAUCGAAAAUACAAACUGUUUAUUGGUGUUAUUUUUUUUUUAGAACAAUCGGCUUUUAUUUCUUUUAGAACUUGUUAAAUGGCAACUUAGGACGGUUCAAUUAUUACAGUUAGUCCAAUGUAGGUGCAUGCGAAAACGUAAUCGUAGUUGUUUUUCUAGAAUUUUUAAAGUGGCAAAAUUUGUGGUCCAACAUGUAUCUUUUUGAUAACGAUUUUAUAUGAAAACAGAAAUACAAGAAAUGAGAGAGAGAGAGAGAGAGAGAGAGAGAGAGAGAGAGAGAGAGAGAGAGAGAGAGAGAGAGAGAGAGAGAGAGAGAGAGAGAGAGAGACGGACGGACGUUGCCUACACAGUUACUGGAACCAAGCAACUUCCGUGUCAUCUAAUUUGAAAGACGCACACUCACACAAGAAAUAUGAAACUCGGAAAACUGAGACGCAUCCUGGGUUGUGUCAAUGUUGUACACAGAUGCAGUACUCCUGCCUUCUAGUCUACGCCCAGGCAACUACGCCAAGAAGCAGAAGAUGCUCAUAAUUAGGAUUAUUACUUGUAGUGUGUGUAGACCUGACCAGCGUAUUUAAGGUCGGUGUUAUCACACAACGUUUUUAUAAUUUUCAUGUACAUAUAUAAAUUAUGCGUUUUUUAAAAUAAAAUAGUUCACCUUUUUAUUAUGAACAAUAUUAAUUAUAUAUUCUGACAUACCAAGUCUUGCUAGUUCAUAUGUCCCCUUAACCAGUGUAAACACAAUGGUUGCAAUAAAGAUUGUAUUGUAUUGUAUUGUAUACUCUGUAUUUAUAAAUUUGUAUACUGUUGCAAAUAAUGUUUAUGGAUUUUAUGACUAGAAAUAUUUAUUUAAUAAUGAUAUCUAUGUAAUCUUUUGUACGUUCUUGAAACCAGUUCAAUUUACUUUGAUUUCGAUUGAUGAUAAUAUACUAUAGUCCGUCCCACAGGCAUACUAUGGAAUUUAUCGAUACAAAACACUGAAAUUAAUGCUCUACGUAUACAGCGGAUAUAAAAAAAGAUGGAUAAGCAAGUAGCACUGUUAUUACAUCGAUAUUUAAUGUAUUCUGGGGGAAAAAACAGAAACCGUAAAGAUACGACAACAUGUAUUGUAAUUAACUAUGCAGUUGAAAUCACACUAAGUGAUUUAUUCACGUUAUCUGAGCAGUAAACACCCAUAUAUAUAAAAUAUGAAAACUCUCACUAUUUGACAUAAUGGUAUAAUAGGGAAGGACAACGACUUCUAGGAGCUUUUUUGGUUGCAGAAUCAUUUACGUGGUGCUUAAUACAUUUUAAUGUGUAUCUUUUUUUUUCUUCUGUAUAACAUUAGUGAAAUAUGUUUUAAUAGGCAUUCAGAUGUUGAAAUGUAUGUUUAUAUAUACAGUACAGACCAUCUUUGAAAGGUUCAACCAUAAAAAUUAAAUAACCAUGCUAGAUUUGUAUCAUUUGCAUUUUGGUGUUUGUGAAUACUCGUAAUCUUAAUUAAUCUUGAAUGUGUUUUUGUAUCAUUAAUAUUUCUGUGAUGUCCAUUGAAUUUUUUUGUUGUUCUUAGUAUUUAUUUCUUAUUUGUACAGAAACGCAUUAAAAUAGACAUGUAUUAUGAUUCGUUUUCAUAAUUUAUAUAUGUGUUUAAUUUUCUGUUUACAAUAUUAUUUCUGAAAACAUCCUGUCAUAUGCAGUUCAAAAUAUAUUGUGCUGUUUCAUUCAGCCAAGUGUUUAAUGAAAGGUUAAUGAAGUCUGCCCAAAAGCAAAACACGUUAAGUGCAUAAUAAUUAUUUAUAAUACAGUACACUUUCCCGAAGCAGUAUUAAUUUUUUUUCAUCUAGUCCUGUCUGUUAAAGCUGCAGUCUUCAAUAUACAUUUAGAAUAGACCAGCCAUGAUACUUUUCUUACCGCCACGCGCCAUUCUUCGAUAUCUGCUAAUGUAGGUGAAUUUAAAAAUGUAUUAUUCUCGCUUUUAGCACUGCAUUAGAAACAUGGCAACAAAAUUGUAUGUUGUAUGAAGGCGGCUAGCAAUAGCCGUGAAUAGCAAUAACCGUGAAUAGCGAUAACACUCGAGUUUAUUACAACUGUAAUAGUGUUUAUAUUUUGCAUCAGUAAAUCACGUCAUAAUAUCGCAAGGCAAGACUGAAGCUUUAAACAAAUAUUACCAGCAUUCCGUCAAGCGAGCCACUAAGUUAAAGGUUUUUUGUUUUGUUUAACGACACCACUAGAGCACAUUGAUUUAUUAAUCAUCGCCUGUUGGAUACCAAACAUUUUGUAAUUUUGACAUAAUUUUAGAGAGAAAACCCGCU